AUGUCGCGCGUUACAGCUAUUGACUAUGAAACAACUAUUUUUACUCUCACACCCGAUAGUCUUGGUCCUAACAAAGCAACUUUGUUACAUGCUCGAACGACAAUUAAUAAUCAAACUCCAAUCUAUAAAGCAAUACUUUAUUUACAUGGCUAUAUUGAUUAUUACUUUCAUGAUCAUGUUUGUCAACGUUUUCUUGAGCAUGGCUAUGAUUUUUAUGCGCUCGAUAUGCGCAAAUGUGGCCGAUCAAUUAUUUCACCUGAACAUGAUCAUUACAUACACUAUUGUACUGAUCUUCGAGAAUAUGACGAAGAAAUAUCCUUGGCAAUUGAACAUAUGAUCAAGCAAGCAGGAGGCUUACUCGCUACUUUAUAUGCAGCACGAGGUGCUAGAUGUGCCGACAUCGAUGCCGUGAUUUUGAAUAGUCCGUAUUUGACAGCAGUGAAAACAGGCUAUGUGGAAUCGAUACUCUUGUCCAUUUUGAUGAAGUUACGUCGAACACACACCAUACAUGCACCCUGGUAUGGGCGAUCGAUACAUGUAUCCGGUCGAGGUGAAUGGAACUACGAUGUAACGAAAAAGCCAGUUGAAAAACUGCCGUUACAUGGACCAUUUCUAUCCACCGUGCGAACAUAUCAAGAAGAGAUUAUUCGAGGACAAAUCAAAAUUCAAUGUCCAAUAUUAUUCAUGUGUUCAAACCGUUCACUCAGACCGGAUAGAACUUGGCACGAUGAAUACACGGACGUUGAUCUUAUUCUCGACGUUGAAACGAUGAAAGACGCUGCUCGUUUGCUUGGCCCACAGAUCACUAUGCACGAAAUUGAAAAUGCUAUGCAUGAUAUCUUUUUAUCGAAAGAAUCCGUUCGUGAGAAAGCAUUUGAUAUCAUGUUCGAAUGGCUUCGCAAUUUAGAAGCUGACUGGUCAGCGAAGAGCAAACUUUAA